AUGACCACGACAACGGAAACAUUAGCAAAAGAGGCUGAAGCAGAAAUUCAGACGCUCGCGGAUAAGGAUGCGGAUUCAACAGACUCUAACAUUCGUUACAUGGCCUAUGGAAGUCGGUUACGCACGGCCCUUGUAGCGUCGUCACGCUAUGUAGCCUACACGAGUGAUGUCGGCGAGGCAUUCCGACCGGUCGUUCACCCCCGGAUUGUUACAGCUGCUUAUGGCAUAAGCUGGCUCUACCUCACUGGAGACGUUGGAUAUGAAGCCUACAAGGCUUAUCGACGAGGACCUUCGGCAUUGGAUCGCGCCGAUGGAUUCUCUGAACGGACGAGAAUCGGAAUGGUCGCUGUUCAACGGGCUGUCUUCCAGUCCAUAGCAUCUAUGGCACUCCCAGCGCUGACGAUCCACACCGUUGUCGCGCAGUCGGGGCGACUAUGGAAGAACGCUAAGAACCCACGCGCCAGAGCGUGGGGUCCUACAUUGACCGGCCUGGGCGUUGUGCCAGCACUUCCUUACUUGUUUGAUCAUCCAGUAGAGCAGGCGACAGAAAAGGCGUUCGACUGGAUCAAGGAGCAACUGGCCAAGAGUAACGGCAAGGGCCACAAAGAGCUUUGA